CCUUCCAUGGCUGUCUCCAAGUGCCCCUGGUAGAUUGGUGCAGGAUGGCAGUGGCUCACAAUUCUAGUUUCUUACUUUUUUGCAUUUUCUUUAUCCUUUCAUCAGGUGCAAAAAAGUGUGCAGAUGCAAAAAAUUUUACCCUUGUGAAUCAGUGCCAAGAGACAGUAUGGCCUGCAAUAAUCACAGUCGAAAGCAACUUCCAUGGUGAAGGAUUUGCAUUAAAUUCAGGUCAAACUUUCUUCUAUAAUGCCCCGGAUGUAUGGAGUGGCCGAAUAUGGGGUAGGACAGGUUGCAAUUUUGAUAAAAAUGGCAAUGGCACAUGUCAAACAGGCGGCUGUGGAACUUCCCUAAAUUGUACCAGCGCCGGUAGCCUGCCUGUUUCCAUAGCCGAAUUCACCCUUGGUGAAACCGAUUACUAUGAUGUUAGCCUUGUAGAUGGGUUUAACUUGCCUAUUCUGAUUAAGCCUGGUGGUGGAAAAGGAAAUUGUAGCACUGCUGGCUGUGAUGGAGACUUGAGGCAACAUUGCUCAUCAGAUCUUGCUGUUAAGAACAACGGCAAGGUUGUUGGUUGCAGGAGUGCCUGUGAUGCCUUUAACAACGAUGAAUAUUGUUGUCGCGGGGCGUAUAAAGAUCCUGGUGCCUGUUUGCCUACAAAUUAUUCCAAGAAUUUCAAACAAGUAUGCCCUGCAGCAUCUAGCUAUGCGUACGACAAUCUUGUUAGUAUCAUAACUUGCUCUGCAUCAGAUUACAUGGUGGCAUUUUGUACAACAAGGAACAAUACAGCUUGCACCUAUAAUAAUCAGAAGUUUGUUUGCAGUAUAACAUCAGGGGGCUUCAAGGUAUUCCCUCAAAGCUGGAGGAGUUUGAUGCUGGCAUUACCAUUGGCUUCCAUUUUACAAAUUUUGUUUUAGCAAACUCUGGACAGUUGUCUUAAUUUGUAUCACUUUGAAAUUUAAAUGGAUGUUAUGCUUGUUUUUCUUCUUUUUCGUCCGGAUCUUUUUGACAGCUGGAUACCUGGAAGAUGAACAAAAGAUGCCAACAAUUAUGUAUCCUCCUCCAGGCAGUCCAUGCUAAUAUUUUAAUUAAAUUCAUUGCUAGAUUUUCAUGGUACAUAAUAGGCGCAUCAACGAUUUUAAUAUUUGAAAAAAAAAGUGUAAAAAAAAUGAGUGAAUUCCAGUUUUAAAUAUGAUGUAAUUCACCCAUCCCUUCAAAAUUCAAAUAAUAUGCUAGAACAGAAGACUCCAGGCCCAUCAACUAUUCCACCUGAGUUUACAAAAUAGAUUUGGAAGUAGUGCAAAUAAGAUCCCAUUUUUCAUUAAGUAAAUCAGAUUUCAGAGGCUC